ACACCAAUUCCCAGCGCUCUUCUCGGUGCCGCCUGGCCCUGGCCGGGCCGGAUGCCCAGAAACUACAUUUCCCAGAAGGCUGUGCUCCGUGGGCCGGCGAUAAGCGCUGGACCAAUGACGGCAAAAGAAGGGGACGUUUCUUGCGGGAUGCGUUGGACAGGGCGGGACUUCCGGCGCCGCCAGGGUGGGCGUUUUGUUUGGGACUCCGGGGGAUUGUCCGCAGCGCGGUGGGCGCCGGGGGGCUGCCCCGCUCGCCGCAGGGGACGGCGGCCAGGAGGAUGGGGCCCACCCCCGCGCCCUCGUAGGACCUGGCGGGGUUUCUGCCCGGCCCGCGACAGCCCCGCCGCCGCCUCUCCGGCCUGGUGCGAUGGCCGCGGCCGCGCUGCUGGGCCCGGCGCAGGUGCUGGUGACCUUUAAGGACGUGGCCGUGACCUUCACCCAGGAGGAGUGGGGACUGCUGGACCUGGCCCAGAGGACCCUGUACCGGGAGGUGAUGCUGGAGUCCUGCAGGCUCCUGGCCUCGCUAGGGCAUCUGGUUCCCAGACCAGACUUGAUCCAUCUCUUGGAGCAUGGCCAAGAACUAUGGAUGGUGAAGAGACACGUCUCCCAAAGCACCUGUCCAGGUGAAAGAGAAAAACAUCAGACCGGAGAACCAGCCCCUUCUCAGUUGGUCUUGUCAAAGGGAGCCAUGUUCCAGGGAAGCCUAACUCAGGAAUCUUCAAGGAUCUCCAGGUUGGGGCAAGCCAGGGGUCGGGAAGGACUUUGGGAAAUGCAGAAAAGGCACUUAAAGCCAGAGACAGACUCCCACGAGGAUACUCUUCCUGGGAAAAUGAGCUGUGAGGACGAUGGUUUGGGAAGAGAUGAUACUCUGCUCCCCAGGGUAUUACAGGAGCGAGUCCCUCCAGGAGAUGUUCUCCAUGCCUGUGACUCAUACGGACCAGGAAAAGACUCCGUGAUCCGUGAAGGGAAGAGCCCCUAUGAAUGCAAGGAAUGCAGGAAAGGUUUUAACAGGAAGUGGAACCUUGUUCGACACCAGCGGAUUCACACUGGAACGAAGCCCUAUGAAUGCAAUGAGUGUGGGAAGGUCUUUAGCCAAAGCUCAACCCUCAUUCGGCACUAUGUUAUUCAUACCGGAGAGAAGCCAUACAAGUGCACCGAGUGUGGGAAGACCUUCAAACGCAGGUCAUACCUCAUGCAGCACCUUCCGGUUCACACCGGUGAGAAGCCCUAUGAGUGCAGUGAAUGCAAAAUGGCCUUCGCCCAUCGCUCUACUUUUAUUCGGCAUAAUAGGACCCACACCGGAGAAAAACCCUUCGAAUGCAAAGAAUGUGAGAAAGCUUUUAGCAACAGGGAAUACCUAAUUCAGCACUACAUCAUCCACACUGGAGAAAAGCCUUACGACUGCGGGGAGUGUGGGAAGGCCUUCAGAUGCAGUUCGGAACUCAUGCAGCACCAGCGGAUUCACACUGGAGAGAAGCCCUAUGAAUGCAUCCAGUGUGGGAAAGCCUUUCACCGGAGUGCAAACCUCAUUCAACACUCUGUCAUCCAUACCGGGGAGACGCCUUACAAGUGCAUUGAGUGUGGGAAGGCCUUCAGGCGCAGGUCACACCUCAUACAGCACCGUCAGGUUCACACUUGAGAAGAGCCCUGUGAGUGCAGUAAUGUGGAAACACCCUCACCUGCCACUCUGCUUUGGUCUUCCAGAAUAGGCUUCACACUGGGCCCAACCCUUUUGAGUGCAGAGAAUGUGGGAAAGCCUUUUGCCACAGCUCUUUCUCAACUGACCAUUGAGGAUUCACACUGCAAAGAUGUGAAUGUGAGAUAACCUCCAGCCUCAGUUCAGCCCUCAAGGAACUUCGGAAGACUCAUACUGGAGAGAAAUGUGGGGAGGUCCUUUACCAGUCGGCCAACUUCGGUCAACAUCAGUGAAUUCAUACUGAGGAAAUUUCUGAAUAUAACUGCUGAGGACAACCUAUAGCCAGAAGAAAAAUCUUAUUUGCCAUCUGAGAAUUCAUAUUGAAGAGUCAUGAAUGUCAUCUCUGUAAGAAAGCCUUCUGUGAUCAUGACUUGUCAUCUGAAGAGUCAUAUUAGAAUCUGACCCCACUUGGGCUUUGUUCUACCUGUGAGAAAGCAUACAGAGACAUACCCCCUGGUUAUUAUGAACUCAUAAACACCUCCAGCCACUGAUCUCUCCUUGGUUUAUACUGGAAAGCCAACUCAGGAAUAUUUUUUAAAAAGAGAGAGAGAGGACGCAGUGAUAGUAUAGAAGAAAAAAAGUAAAAUAAAUGCUGUCAUGAAGGAUUCUCAACACCUUUGUUUGACUUUUAUAUACCUUCACUCCUACUCUGUCAGGGGAGUUGGACAGCUCAACUUUCAACAUUUGUUGAAAGUCUUCUUUGUUCCAAACAUCAUUAACCACAAGGAGCACAGUUCUUUGUGAGAGAUAUGAAGACUUGAGUCAUGAAGUAUUUGAACCCAUAAGAAAGUAGAGUACUGAAAAUGCCAUCAUGUGACACUUAGCUCCUAUUUUAUAUCUAAGUAGAGAGGAUCCACCUAUGGAUGGUCAGAUUUUACUGUGCCACUUAAGAUUGUUUAAGGCUUGGUUUUUAUUAAAAACAAACCACAAAAUACUUU